UUUCAGUGUGUGUCGGCAGCCGGCUGGACGUGCCUCGCCCCGCUCCGCUCGACGCUCCGCUCCGUUCGUCGCCAUGGUGAAGCGGGACGCCACCCAGGAGAAGGAGGUCCUGGAGUGGAUCGAGGCUGUGACGGGCCAGAAACUGCCGGCCGGACGCUAUGAGGAUGUUCUCCGUGACGGCAUCGCCAUCUGCCACCUGAUGAACAAGCUGUCGCCCGGCUCCGUGUCCAAAAUCCAGACCAGCGGCGGCCACUUCAAACUUCGGGAGAACAUCGAGAGAUUCCAGAAGGCGGCCAAGGCGUACGGCGUUCCCGAGGAGGAGAUCUUCCAGACGGCGGACCUGUACGACAUGAGAAACAUUCCGCAGGUCACGCUGUCCCUGUACGCUCUGGCGCGCCUGACGCAGAAGCACCCGGAGUACAAGGGCCCAGCGCUGGGACCCAAGAUGGCGGAUGCUCACAAGCGGGAGUUCACGGAGGAGCAGCUGCGCGCCCACGAAGGCCAGCUUAAUCUGCAGAUGGGCUACAACAAGGGCGCCUCUCAGGCGGGCCAUGGCGGCAUGGGCAACACCCGGCACAUGUGAAGAUGCUGCUCGGGUUGAGGGUCGACGCCGGCGCGAGCCGUGACGGUCGCGGUGGUGCUUGGGAUGUGUCUGAUCCGGGUGAGGAGGGGAGGGGGAGGGGGGCGAGCGGAGAGCAAUCUUUAUGCUGAGGAGGUUCCUCUGGUUUACCUGUCGCGGCAAUGUUGGACUCGUUCGUUCUUGAUGUGCAUUAUCUAAAGUCUUUUAGUACAUUUAUAGAGCACAAACACGGGAAACUACGCCCUUACCACAGUUGAUGCACCUGAUAUAUACAUGGAGAAAGCGGUAGCGUGCCUGCUGUGCCGGAACAUUUCAAUCUGGACGGUUUGAGAUCACUUUAGAGCCUUUCAGCUCCUAAAGCUUGCGAGUGAUCGACCAUUGGGAGAAGGCGUUAUGCUCCGUUCAACCUCUGGUCUGCUUGUUUCUUACUGUAGGAUAGAAG